AUGAUUUCCUCAUACUCGGAUGGAGGCAGCUCCCCGUAUGGGCACCCAGGUGUCUUCCCCGCCCCAGCGUCGUCAGGUAUACAUAAACUUGGAAGAAAGCGGGUACACGAAAAUGGUUUUAUGCAAGAUGAGUUUGCAACGAAAAAGGUUAGGCGUGUAAAUAAUUAUACGAGUAGAGGGAAUAUGACAGAUCGGAUGGAUAAUUAUUUCACUGUUAACCGGAGCACUGGUAACGCAGCACAAGUGACAACAGCAGCAACCGCUUAUUCUUCUAAAGUUGCCACUACUACUAUCCCUCGCACGCCAACAUCACAGUCGCCUCCAUCUUCAUCCUCGUGUCAACGUCAACGUUACUGCCAUUCCACGAAUCAUUUGUCAAUGACCGAGCCUUUGUUAACUGUCAACAGCUUAUCUUCACCACGAUUAAUUGAUCUAUCUACGGGCGAGGCUCUCGAAGCAGUUAAUCCUGAUACAAUCGUGAGCACACGAAGAAAAGGUAACAAGCGUACUAUUGAUCAAGUAAAUGAAAGCAAGGGAGAUGAGCGUGUUAUAAAAACUUUGAUGGUUGGCGACAUAACAGAAGAGGAGAGAAAAACGAAGGGAAUGGAUCAGCGUCCAUAUCCCCAGAACGAAUAUGAAAACGAUGAAUGGAUGUUAGACUCGACUCCACCAGAUAAGAAAUUUAGAAUAAGUGCGAACAUUGAACCAAGAGAUUUUACCAGAGAGGACACUGUAAAGGGACAGUUAAAUGAGUUGCAACAAUUUGGGGAUUCAAACAAUUAUAUUACGCAGGCUGCUCCCUUUAUAUUCGGGACGACAAUAACUUCAUCAGCUCCUUCAUCAUCUCAUUAUUCAGAUACGCAAGAACACCUUUCACUUACAGUUCAAAACCCGAAAAAAUUAAAGCUUGCAUAUCACGAGGCGCUUACAAAAUACAUGCGUACGCAAUUAGAGUACAUCUCCUCUACCAUCGACGACAGUAGGAAACAGAUCGUAUUGUAUUUACCACAGAAUAAAGUAUACAUGGGAAAUCUAGGAAAAGAGGAUACACAAAUGUUGAUAGAGAUCGAUGAGAAUGAUAAAAAUAGUGAGGCUUCGAAGAUUUGGGAAAUUACCGAGAAUUCAAAUUCACUCGACCCAAAGAGUGAUAUUGCUGAUGAUAUCGAGAUGAAGGACAUUAUAAAUGAAAGUAUUGCUAUUGGUGAUGUACAUACUCAGGGUGGAGAAAUGGAUAUUGAUUGA